AUGGCAGAUAGAAGAAGAUACAUGAUGUUAUUGUUUGCUUAAGUAUUUACAAAGCUCAAAAAUUUGGAAAAUUCAUUAAAAAAAUAUGAAUUCUAUAACUCUAAAAGUAUUGCUGCAAGUAUUAGAAUUAUAUAGAAUGUAUAUUUCCAUCUAUAACAAUUGAUCUGGAACCCAUAAUUUUGA